CGACGAGCAUGUAGGUACCAAAAGCAGUGCUGCCAACAACAACUCGUUCACACCAUGGCGCCAGGACAACCGUCCAAGCGUCCGCGCGCAUUUACAGAUGAUUUUGAUACCACAAAUGGCGCUGUGGGAGCAAAGCGAAAGGGUCGCAACAAGAGGCAGCGUCACUCAAACGACGAAGACAGUGAUUCCGAGUCACAAUCGCCUGGCCCUUCCGAGCGCGAUUCCGAUUCCGCUGGCGAGGACGACAUCGAUCCACGAGCAACGCAACGAGUAACGAAUCAACUCCGCGGCAAUGAGCAAAAACAAAACCUACCUGCUGAUAACGGCAUUAUUGAAGAGAUCAAAUGUACGAACUUCAUGUGUCAUGAGCAGCUCACAGUUACACUGGGUCCUCUCAUCAACUUUGUCAUUGGUCAUAAUGGAAGCGGAAAGAGCGCCGUUCUGACAGCUCUAACACUCUGUCUUGGUGGCAAGCCCGGAGCUACGAAUCGAGGAAGCAGUCUCAAGAGCUUUAUCAAGGAGGGGAAAGAUUUCAGCAACCUGUCAGUCAAGAUAAAAAAUCAGGGAUCAUCUGCCUAUAAACCGGAUACUUACGGUCGGUCAAUCAUUGUCGAGCGUCACUUUACCAGGACUGGCACGUCUGGGUUCAAAAUCAAGGACGUAAAUGGGAAAAUCGUGUCGAACAAGAAACAAGAGUUGGAGGAUAUUAUAGAUGCCUUCGCGUUACAGAUCGACAAUCCAAUGAACGUCCUUACACAAGACAUGGCACGACAGUUCCUUAAUGACUCUACGCCCAAAGACAAAUAUAAAUUCUUCUUAAAAGGCACACAGCUCGAAACCCUCAGCAAGGAUUACGAGUUGAUCAAGUCCCAACUGGACGAAACCGAAGCCAAGAUCGAAAUUGUAUCUACGGAUAUUGACGUUUUGCGAAAGCGUGCCCAAGAAGCUCUUGACAAAGCCAAAAGGGCCCAAAGUCUGGAGACUAUGAGGGCGAAAGAGAAACUCAUCUUACAGCAGGCAGCGUGGGCAAGAGUGCAGGAAGAGGAAGGGGAACUGGCCAAUAUAGACGCCGAAAUAGAUCGAGUUCAAAGUGCUAUUCGCAAAAGAAAUGAAGAAGUGGAAGCACGAUCUCAAGCGUACCAAAUUGCGGACGAAGCAUUCUCGAACGCGAACAAAGAUGCCGUAGAUCGACAGGCUGAUCGGGUACCGCUCGACGACAAACGCCGACAGCUUGAAUCCCAAAUGCAGGACAUCAAGAAGGCCAAGAAUGAUGUCAAGGCUAGCCAACGAGGACUAGUAAGUAUCCUUGAGAGUAAAGACAAGAGCAUCAAAUCGUAUAAAAAGGAAAUACGGGAAAAACGAAAGCAUCAAGAAGAAGCCGACAACGGUCAAUUUGCGCAAAAGGUUCGUGAGUUAGAGCAGGCUAAGACCGAUUGCGAAGAAGCCCAAAAAGCAGAGCAGGAGCACAAUGAGGGGCUUCCUGCUCUAGACCACCAACUACGUGAUGCACUGUCGAAGAAGAGAACGGCAGACGAAAAGGUAGAAGAGAAACGCGUUGAAGUACGGCGCGCUCAGAUGGCACUCAGGGAUCUAGAGCAGGGCCAGCAGAGUUGGAUUGAUGCAUACAGAAAUUCGUCCAACCUGAAACAGCUCUUACGCGAAAUUCAACAAGAACGACGGUUCCAGCAACCGCCCGUGGGUCCAAUGGGUCGGUAUGUCAAAUUACUGAAGCCUGAGUGGAGUUCCAUUCUGGAAAAGCAAUCUGGUGCGUCAUUAAACGCCUUUGUGGUAACUUCAAAAGCCGAUCAAGCUCUGCUUUCACAGCUCCUCAGAAAGACCAACUAUGUUUGUCCAAUCUUCAUCGGCCAAGCGAACCCGAUCGACACAUCUGGUUAUGAGCCUGCAUCUGACCUGCUUUCAUGGCUGAAAGUACUCAAGUUUGAAAAUGACCUCGUCCGCAACCAAAUGAUUAUCAAUCAUAGUAUUGACCAAGUUGUUUUAAUCCCCAAACGCGCAGAUGCCGAAAACUUCAUGCACGAUGGCGGCGCCCGACGGACCAAUGUGAAGAUGUGUUUCUCAUUUGCGGACGGAAACCCACAAAAAGGCCAUUCUAUCACGUUGAAUCCAAAUACAGGCGCUAUCGGUUUAGGCCCGAUCGAUCGAUUCGAUGGUGCGUCGCGUAUGCAAGCCGACAAAGCAUCCCAGCUUAGUGCUGCGAAGAGCAACCUGGAAAGAUUGCAGGCCGAUCUCCGUGGAUUAGAGGUUGAACCCAGAAGUCUUGGUGAACGUGUCACACUCUGCCAGCGGGAGGUCAAUAAUCACAAGUCACGAAAACGCGAGCUCUUGCUCCGCAAGCAAGAAUUCCAGCGGAAGGUUGAUGAAUUAGAAGAUGAACUGAACACCGCUACCCCGGAUGCAGGAUUGAUCGAACAAUUGGAGGCCAGUCUGCAGAAGGUACAGGAAGAGAAGACAUUCGCAGAGGAGCAAUACCAAGACACAGUCCUGGAGAUGGACAAAGUUGACACUCAAGCCGCGAAUUGCAAGAGUGCCUUAGAAGAUGUCCAAAGAGAUAUUAGUCAACUAAAUGUGGAGUUAGGCAAGGCAAACACCAAAGCAGACAAGAUGAAGAGCAAGCGAGAAGCUGAUCUACGGGAGAUGAACAAGGCGCAUGAGCGAGCCCGUUUGGCCGAAGAGAACAAGGCGGAAUGGGAGCACAAACGUGGGGAAAAGCUGGUCAUAGUGGAAGACAUUCGAAGACAAGCGAACGAGAUCUGUUCUCGUGUGGAAGUUCCGGCAGGAGCAACAUCGGAAGGGUUGAUCAAGAAACGCGAAACAAUGAUCAAAACCCGAGAAGAGACACAAAGAUCACUGGGUGGUUCCGAGGACGAUCUGUACAGUGCGGCAACUACGGCGAAAAGGAUGUUCAAGGAGGCAAACGAAGCUUUAGCUGGGCAUCGCGAGAUUUCGAGGUGGCUCAAAAACUCACUGUCCAAUCGGCAGAACCGCUGGGAGAGAUUCCGUCAAGAUAUUUCGGUGCGAGCGCGCAUCACUUUCACAUAUCUUCUGAGUGAGCGUCAAUUCCGAGGCGGUCUGAAAGUGAAUCAUACAUCAAAACAGCUCGAUAUUCAGGUACAACCAGACAUUACAGUCGUCGAUGGUGUUGGCCGACAAACGAAAACGCUGUCUGGCGGUGAGAAGUCAUUCUCUACCAUUUGCUUACUACUGUCCUUGUGGGAUGCCAUGGGAUCUCCAAUUCGAUGCUUGGAUGAGUUCGAUGUCUUCAUGGACAAUGUCAACCGAGACAUUAGCAUGAAAAUGAUGAUUGGUGCAGCCAGAAGGGCGAUUGGACGCCAGUACAUCCUCAUCACUCCUCAGGCGAUGAAUAGCGUCCAGAGUGUAGCUGACGUCAAGAUCAUCAAAAUGAACGAUCCUAUUCGCGGACAGACUGCACUUCCAGUUCGGAGGUAAAUACCAUACUUGCGAGGGACGCAUAAGAUCAAUUUAAGUCGCAUGCGAUAUAAUUUCACACGGCGUUGGCGACAAUAGUAGGUAACUAAGAUUUUGGGGGCAUUUUUAGGGCGUUGACUUAAUGGGUAUACCUUAACAUAGAGGCAUGGAACUGAUGAGCUGGGCAACUUCCGGACGGUCCCAAAUGGCCAGGCAAAGGAAGUACUGGCGCCAUGAUCUGACUUUCACUGAGUGGACUAACUGGGAAUUGUUGGGUCAACAAAUAUUUAUUGAAUUACAGCUACGCAGACCUUCUCGGACAAGUUUUCUGCAGUGAGGUGAUUAGAUGAAAUGCUG